UUGACAUGUGAGCAUUUCAGAUUGGUUAAAACUUUUAUGAUGCCACAAAUUGCAAAUAAACCAAAUGAAUCCAUAAUAAGAGUGCCGUUUGAGACGCCACGAUUGGCCGAGAUCGCCUACAAAGUCCUCGGUGUCGACCAGGAGCCGCGCCGGAAUUUCGUGAAAAAAACUUUGAGCCUGGAGAACGAUGUUCUGGUUGUGCACUUUCAGUCGGAUCAAGUGAAGAGCCUGCGCACUGCCAUCACCUCCUUCUUUGAGUGCCUGCUCCUGUGCCAGGACACCAUCAACCAGUUCGGAGACUCCAAGAAAGAGAAACUAAUCCCCGAGAGCAACGACAAUGCCGGAACACACUCCAGCUCCGACUCCCCAUAGGGCGGUCUAUGGUUUCGCCUUCUAUAUGCUGUUCACGGUCCUCUUCCUCGUAUACGUGACUUGGGCGCUGCUGCCAGUGGAGUUUGGUCUGCACUCGUAUCUGCCGGACAAGUAUUUUGCCGUAUUUGUGCCUUUUCUGGUGCUGGUCUUCGCCUGGUUCUUUGCCUUCCUCAUCUAUCCUGCCAUAAAUCUAUCGAUGACAGUGGAUGUUGAUUCCAUUGCCUCGGUGGUGGAUCCAAAGCUGGCACUGCCCAAGGGGACAGAGUUCACCUCCUGGUCGCAGUUGCAAAAAGGCAAGGUCAGCCAGGAUUCCGCAUCAAAGAAGGCCUCUCCAGUGAACUGCAACCUGUGCAGGACUUUCCACCAACCUGUGACACGUGCACCUAUUCCACCACUGCGUUUUCUGGACCUCCAGGAAGUAAAUACAGCGUAUUAUAACUAA